CUUAAUAAUGUUGCUCGUUGGCUCUUGUGUCCUGAGCUGCUGGAUCCCCGUUCUCCGUGUUCAGCCCGCUGCGGGGAGGACACCGCCGCUCGCCCUUGUUGUACAGAGCGGGCAGCGCUGUGGCUGAGCUCCGUGGUGACGCUGCCAACUGGACAAUUAAUCCGAGAAUCCCCGUGGACUGGCUCAGCACUAGGGCUGGUCGCGUAGUUAGCUCAGUAGCUAACGUGCUACGCUGCGGUCUGUAAUGUGCUAUCAGGCCAAUGCAGUCAGCAUCUAGCGGUUAGCCGCUAGCGGCUAGUCCUUAGCUGCUACUUUUGGCACAGAGGGAACAAGUCGACUGCUUGGACAUAACUCAACAUAACUACUUUGUGUAACUUGAGUUGUCGCAUAUAUGUGUAAUAAUGUGUGUUUAACUGUUUGUUUAUGUAUUUAUCCAUUUGAAGCACGCAGCUGCGCAUCGAAAAAUUGCUGUGAUUUAAUAGCCUUUUAUUACAAGCUAUUAAAUGCACCGUCUAGUUUAAGGGAACGUCACCUUCUAUGUUAAGGUAUCAAAUAAAAAGUGAUGCUCGUUGCAUGUAUGACGUGUACAAACUGCGUUUAAUAACGCGAACAGCAGAUCUUUGCUAUCAAACAUUAAAAAUCGCAGGGUUGUGAUUCCAUUCCAUCCUUCCAAUAUUUCCAGAGAGUAUAUAAAAAAAUCUAGACAUAAAGCUAAUAAAACUGUUCUAGUAAGAACAUGAGCUCAGGGUUACGUCUCCGCAAUGGCAAAACAUUAGCAUGUUGGGUUUUGUAAGGUUUUGGUGUUUCGGACCCUUGGACUGAGCAUCACCUGUGAACCCUGACAGGCUUUAUGUACCUCUCCAACUCUAAUCAUUGCAAUGACUGCCCAGUGCUGUGCAGCCAAACAUUUCAGAUAUUGUGCAGAUAUCUGCUAACGAUGGUCAUGGUUUAGCCUUUCAUCAGCUGACGUGACAACUCAUGGAGUGAGUGGAGCCUAGGCUGCAGAGUUGCAGUCUUACACGCCUCUCUGCAUGUUCUCUACACCCGCCACCCCCUCUUACUCUUAGUUAUCGCAUAGAGAUGUGUCUGCUCCCCGACCACCUAAAACUUACAAGUCACAGACAAAUCAAAGAGGAGUGACUUAUCAGGAUUUAAUAAACAUCAGAACGGUUCCUUCUACAGAACAAAGUAACAGUAAGCUAAAGUGUGGUUAAUUAAUCUCUCAUCUAAAUCCUUGUUAUUAAAUGACUUGAUAAGUGACUAUCACAGAUCUGUUCUGUCUUGCUGAAACCUGGCUGCAGCAGGAUAAAUAUGUUAGUUUAAAUGAGUCAACUCCAAUGGGUCACAUCAACUAUUGUAUCAUCUGUAUCCCAAACAUAGUUAUAGCUCAUGUCAGAGCCUCUCGUCCACUCUAAAACUCAGAAAACAGUUGUGUUUUGUAUUGUUUACCGUCCUCCUGCUCCAUAUUCAGAGUUCUUAACUGAAUUCUCUGAAUUCUCAUCUGACUUAGUUCUUAACACAGUUAAAGUCAUUAUAGUGAGAGACUUUAACAUUCAUGUAGAUGUUGACAGUAACUGUCUCAGCACUGCUCCUUAAUAGACACUAUUGGUUUUAGUCAGCAUGUAAAUGAAGCCACUCAUUGUUUUAAUCAUACCUUCGAUCUUGUCAUGACAUAUGGGGUUGAAAUUGAUAAUUUAAUAGUUCUUCCCCAAAACCCUCUGUUAUCUGACCAUUUCUUAUUAAAUUUUGAAUUUACCAUAAUUGAUUACCAUAAUUGAUCUUGCAGCAGCUGGAAAGAAAUGUUACUAUAGCAGAUGUUUGUCUGACGACGCUGUUGCCAGAUUCAAGCAAAUGAUUCCAUCAUCUUUUGCCUCAACGUCUUGUAGCUACACAGAGAAGUCACCUCCUUACCUUAAUCCUUAUGAACAGGUUGGUUGUCUUGUAGAUGAUGCUGCAGCUUCUCUAUGUACAAUGUUAGACACAGUAGCUCCUCUGAAGAAGAAGGCAGUGAAUCAGAGGAGGUUAGCUCCAUGGUAUAACUCAGAGAUCUGCAGCCUAAAGCACAGGACCCGACAACUAGAAAGGUAAUGGCGUUCCAACAAAAUGAAUGUAAACUGCAACGACAGUCCAAUAAUAUAUAAACAAGCACUUUGUGCUGCUAGAAAGACAUGUUGUUCCUCCUUAAUUGAGGAACACAAAAACAACCCCAGGUUUCUUUUCAGCACUGUAGCCAGACUGACUAAGAGCCAUAGCUGUGUUAAGCCUCCUAUCCCCUUAAAUGUCAGCAGCAAUGACUUUAUGAACUACUUUACUAAUAAAAUUAUCACUAUUAGAGAAGACAUUCAUGAGCAACUUCCCCCAAAUGACAGAAAUCACUGUCUAGAUCCAACAAACUUAAUAAAUUUACCAAGUCCUCUGUCCUACUAGAGCUUUUCCCCCAGAACUCAUAUAUAGUUAACUUUAAUAAUUAACUCUUCCAACUUGUCUUUUAGACCCAAUCCCAACUAAAUUACUCAAAGAAGUUCUACCUUUAAUCAGCUUGUCCAUAUUAAAUCAAAUCAACCAUUCUUUACAUAUGUACCACAGGCUUUUAAAGUGGCUGUGAUCAAACCUUUAUUGAAAAACACCCUGGGCCCUGGAGAACUAGCCAACUAUAGGCCCAUAUCAGAGAUUCAAAGAUUCUUGAAAAAAACAUGGCACCUGAGUAGGAACACCUGAUUAGGAAUAACCUCACAUCAUUGUUCUAUGUUUGACUAGCCUUGUCUCUGUCUCUUCAGUAGUUGUGCUUCUCCCCCACUCUCUAUUUCUCUAUCUUCACCUACAGGUAUUAUUCGACUCAGAGCUAUGUGUCUGUGCUGGGCUGCUGCGAAUCCAACCGUCCUGCCUGUGUCCAGUCCCUGGUCCAACCAUCCUAGUUCAACCAUCCUGCCUGUGCUCUGUUGUUGCUAUCUAUCCCCUCAACCCAACCGGUCAAGGCUGCCCACAUCCAGCCUGGUUCUGCUGGAGGUUUCUUCCUCGUUAUAGAGGGAGUUUUUCCUCUCUACUGUUGCUUUCAAAUUACAGAUUCCAGUGAGAGGUGUGCCAUGUAUGAAAGUUGGAGAUGAGAAUGAAACUGUGGCUCUACCUGAUCCUCAGCGUGUGCUUCAUGCUGGCCGUGGGAUUCCUCUACUAUUCCUCAUGGAGGAUCAGCUUACGAGUCUGGGUUCACAAGUCAUUGUACGACGAGCAAGGCUUCCUUUUGAAGCUGGAUGGUACUCUGUCUUUGGAGCUGACCUACAAGUAUGGCAAUCUUAGCAAAGGAGCCUGUAAGCCUGGUUUUGCAGCUGCUAAGAUGACCGCCAUUUAUCCAAAAUUCAACAAACUGGCACCAGUGUUCCUUGACCUAAAUUACAAAAGAUUUGCCAAGAUUGGUGAUUAUCCACCACCAUUUGGAGUAAAAUCACAAGAGAGGAUAAUAGAUCAUCUUCUGUCGGUCACUAAAAACUAUGGACUUGGGGAAAAUCUUGACAUUAUAAGCUGUAAGACGUGCAUCAUUAUGGGGAAUGGAGGAAUCCUUAUCAACAAGUCUUUGGGACAACAGAUUGAUGGCUUUGACGUAGUGGUCAGGUUAAAUCAGGCCCCAGUGAAAGGUUAUGAAAAAGAUGUUGGUUCCAAGACGACCCUGAGGAUCACCUAUCCAGAGGGGGCCAUCCAGAAAAUAGACCAGUAUGAGGACCAGUCACUGUUUGUCCUCUCUGCCUUUAAAGCUCAGGACUUUAAAUGGCUGCGGUACAUGGUCUUCAAGCAGGGGCUGCACAACACUAAUGGCUUUUGGAAGUCGGUGGCCAGACAUGUUCCACGGGAGGCCAGCGACAUGCGAAUCCUCAACCCCUACUUCAUUCAAGAGGCCUCUUUUCAGCUGAUUGGCUUCCCUCACAACAAUGGGCAGAUGGGCAAAGGGAAUAUCCCCACCCUGGGCACAGUUGCCAUAACGAUGGCCCUUCACAACUGUGAUGAAGUUGCUGUGGCUGGAUUUGGCUACAAUUUGAACACCCCCCAUGCCCCUCUGCACUACUAUGAGAAGAUCAGCAUGUCAGCCAUCAAAGAGUCCUGGACUCACAACAUAAUCAAAGAGAACAAGUUCCUUCGGAAGCUGCACCAAACAAGGAAACCCAGGAACAAGAAAACCUGUCAGAGAGCUCCAGGCAGCAGCCCACCCUUGCAGACAGACACUGUGAAGACUCUGCACUGCCAGGAUCAUCAACAGUGGAUGAUGGGCCACCAGGACCAGUUUACCUGCUGCUAAGGUUAGAUUGAAGAUGGCUUCAAACUGACUCCUUUACUUACAUUUGUGAUGUAAAAGUCCUAUUAUCCUUUCAAAUGAUACAGCAAAGGUGCAGGCACGCCCAGUGGGCACGAGGUUAUCUCACUAAGUCUGGUGUGCAUGUAACUGUUGGCAUUGUGGUGUCAGACAGUAUGUUUUAUAUUAAUAACCCUACACAGAAAUCAAAAAGUGACAUGUGUUUUGCAUUGUAUGUAUUCAGAUAAAGAAAUGGAAGUACUUAUGUUCAGAGGUGGAGGACAAGCUCAUCUUCAGUCCUGGCUUGACAGCCCCACUGUACCAUGCAGCAUUUCAAAGAAAGAUUGUCUGGCACCAUGUGUAAAUCUAGUUAACAUGUUGACAUGUCCAGACAUCAAUAAUGCAGAUAUGAGGAGGACACCUGUCUGCAGAGACUGAUCCAAAAGACAUUUGUUUCCAAUAGUAAUUUUCUUUUCUAUUCAUGUCUUCAAACUCUGCAUGUUUUUUUUUAUUUUGUCUAACUGAUGGCUUUCACUUGCUGCUGUUUUUUUUUUAGAUUUUAAGAUGCCUUAAAGUUUGGCUGCAGCUACUGUUACAGUCCAAAGCUUGCAGUUCAUUCAUAUGCAGCUACAGCAUAACACAAAUGUAAAGUUCACAAACACAAGUGUCAUGGAGAGUAAGAUGGACAAAUAUAUUUGGUGGUAACAACACAAUGACAUCCUGGUUGAUUUAGUUGUAAUAGACCUUCAACAUAUGUAAGUUUAUACAUCAGAAACAAAUCAGUAACAGGACAAGUCUAUGUUAUCACUACAAAGCUAAAGGCGUCUCAUUGUAAGGAGUGGGAGAAGCCUUGAUCAAAUAUCAUCUUUGCAGCUACUGCUCUCUGUUACAACUACGCAAGUGGUUUCACACAUUUUAUUUGGAAUGUCACCAGGUCCUUGAACCUGUUGUGAUGAGUUGAGCCACGUGAGAAGAACAGGGUGCAGACGUGAGUCACCUUGAAUUAGUUAGUUUUAUGUUGAUGUGAUACUGGGUGUAAAGGUUUUAGCCAAAGAAGGCCACCUCAGGCCCGCAGUGUUAAUGUCAUGUUAAAGUAAAACAAGGCUGAAAAGUCCUUUCAAAAUAAAACCAAGAACCAAAACCUGACACCACCACGCCGAACUGAGGUAUAAGCCUAGUGGCCACAGAUCCUUGGACUGCGUAUGAUCAUAUCGGUGGGACAUGGAUGUUUUUGGUUUCACAAAAGCUAUCAUCUGGCCUUUUAUGAUUUCUUUUCAAAUACCGAAAUCAAGUGUGUUGUGAAGUAUUUUCACUGUUUAUACUCUCAUAACAUCUUCACGCUUAUUUUUGUGUUUAAGGAACUGAUGCUUGAGUCAAACUAUUCACAUAUUUAUUGAUCAAAAUAUAUUAAAAAUGAAGAAUGCUGUACUUUAAA